CUAACCCGCAGGGUUUCAAGCGUCCAGUCCUGUCAAAAUUUGCACCAGUGAAAAAACCGCUACCGUCUGUUAUUACUAGUUAUGACACAGUGGAUGUACGUCGUUGAUGCAACAUUCUCCAUGUCCUCUUAUUUUUUUAACUAACGGGAGGUUCACUCUACAAUUAUGGAGUUUUGAAAAGGAAAGGGAGAAUUUUGGGGGGAAAGGGGGCCUUUCCCCUCAAGUUUGAUGGUUGGACUGCUGGACGAGAAGGUCAGAGGGUUGUUGAAAUUUUUGCCUUUUGUAAAUUAUUAACAAUAUUUCAAAGAAAAACUAUUUUUGCAAACAUUGAAAUGUAAAUUUUUUUGUAUAAAAUGCACAAGCGAUUUUGUAUUUAUUAAAUUCUUUAUGACAUCGUCUGCUGCAAGCACCUUAGUUUGUGUUCAAUACUUGGUUGAAAUGGUGGACUGAAACAAGUCAAAGAGAGGCUCUGGGGUCGCUAGGGUGCGGUGGAAUCACAACACAAGCACAAUUCUAGCACUCCAAACCAUCUCAACCUUUUGUUGACACAUUUUUUUCUUUAUUUCCUUUUUCUUCUUGGAGAGCAGCUGUUAAAAUACACACUUUUGUGUACUAUUUCUUAUGUAUUUUUGACUUGUUACAUCGCAUUACAUUGUUUUUGAGCCUUUUUUUUAUAAUUUCGGGUGGUUGGCUGUCAGAGGGACUUUGUAAUACGAAAGGAAGGAGGGUUCACUGUGAGGAUUUGGUGGAGGUCAGGAUGAGUCUGGCAGUGCCAGACUGCACCCCCAAAUGCCGCUCACAGCAGCAUGCAGACGAGGUGGUCGCGGCGCUAACUGGUGGCACUGAGGGGCAGCUGCGGGUGUUCUUGACCUCACACUGCCACAAUGCAGCCACCUUGCGGGAUGCCUUUGGCCGCACAGCCCUGCACCUGGCUUCGUCACUGGGAAAGAAGGCCGUAUUGCAGUGGCUGCUGGAGAGUAAGAGUGCUGACCUAAUGUUGAAGGAUAAGGAGUCCGGCUGGACCGCUCUGCAUCGCAGCGCUUUCUAUGGACAUAUCCACUGUCUCUUAUCACUGGUCAAGCAUGGAGGACUUCUCUCCACCCACGACAAAGAGGGUCUCUCUGUCCUAGACCUCACCAUGAAGGACCGACCAGCACAUGUUGUGUUCAAGAACACUGACCCAACUGAAGUAUACACAUGGGGAAACAAUACUAAUUUCAGUUUAGGGCAUGGUAAUCAGGAGAGCCGACAUCACCCUGAGCUUGUGGAUGUGUUUGCCAGGACGGGGGUUUACAUCAAGCAGGUGGUCCUGUGUAAGUUCCACUCUGUGUUCCUGUCUCAGAAAGGCCAGGUCUUCACCUGUGGACACGGGCAAGGAGGACGACUUGGACAUGGAGAUGAACAGACUUACCUGGUUCCUCGGAUGGUGGAGGGACUGAUGUCCCAUCACUGCUCCCAGGUGGCAGCAGCUAAGGACCACACAGUGGUGCUGACAGAAGAAGGCUAUGUUUACACCUUUGGCCUCAACAGCUUCCACCAGCUCGGUCUGGCUCCUCCCCCUGCCUCCGCUUAUGUCCCUAAACAGGUGUUCUCCAAGACGCUAAAAGGCAGGACAGUGAUUGGAGUUGCAGCAGGAAGAUUCCACACAGUGCUGUGGACCAGGGAGGCUGUCUACACAAUGGGCCUCAAUGGAGGCCAGCUGGGUUACUUGCUGGAUCCUAAUGGUGAGAAGUGUGUGACAGCCCCCCGGCAGGUAUCAGCCCUGCACCACAAAGAUGUCACCAUAGCUAUGGCAGCAGCUAGUGAUGGAGCAACAGUGGUAGUGACUGAUAAGGGCGAUGUCUACCUGUUGGCUGAUUACCAGUGCAAGAAAAUGGCUUCAAGGCAGCUGAACAUAAAGAAGGUUCUGGUCAGCGGUGGUAGUCUGGACCACCGUGUGGUUCCACAGAUCCUGAACGAGGGAGGAGGGGAAAAGGUGGCCAUCUUGGCUUUAGAUGAAGCUGGGAGGGUGUUUUGCUGGAGGUCCUCUGGCAGCUCGGUGAGACAGUGCCGGUGGGCGUAUGGGCGUCAGGUUUUCAUGUCGGACAUAGCUCUCAGCAAGAACGGCAUGAUGUUUGUGACUCAGGAGGGGGAGGGCUUCAGUGGCUCGUGGGCUGGAGAAUAUAAAAAGUACGGGGAGAAGAAAGAGGGCAGUGUGGAGGUUUGUGGCCAUUCAGAUGCUGGGACAGUGUAUGAGAGAAUCCGUCUGGAGAAGCUCCCUUAUGUCCACAGAGCCGUCAGCAUCACCAUGGACUCUAAAGGCCGAAAUUUUGGAGUGCUUCAGUCUGACCCCAAAACAAGUUUGUACGAGAUUCCCAGCAUAUCUCCAUCCUCCUUCUCCCAACACUUCCGGAGCCUUCUGGAUGAGGCAGACGAAAUGGACAGCAUCCACGAUGUGACCCUUCAGGCCGGUGAUCGCACCUUCCCUGCGCACAAGUACAUCCUGUCCAUGAGGUCCGAGUUCUUCCGGAAACAAUUCAUGUCUGAGCAUUGUGGUGUUGAUGAGGAACUUGAUGGAGAAGUUAGGAAGAGCGAAGAUGCUGUGGGCUGCGAUUUAAUCAUUUUGGAGAAGAUUCCAUCGGAUAUGCUGGAGUACGUCCUGCACUUCAUCUACACAGACUCCUGUGAGCUGCUGGUGCAUGGGGCCCGGCCGAGAGUCUCAGGAGCCUCUACAGGACAAAACCAGGACUCAGAGCAGGAGAGGCUUAUCAGCAGCCUGCAGGACUUGGGCCUGAGAGGUCGUUCAGCCCUCGAGGUGUACCGCUCCCUUCCACCUGUAACCAAAGGAGAUGGUGACAAGGCCAAGAGCAAGUGCGCCAAGCCUGGCAAGAAGGGGAAAGGAGCCAAAGGUGACAAGGCUGGGGCCAACGAGGGAGGGGCCAACCCUGUGAAAACCUUACAGAGUGUCGCAAAAAAGCUGGGCUUGGGAAGCCUGUCUGCACGACUGGAUGGAGUCAAAUAUGAAAAUGGAAAGAUCAAUGUGAUAAACAAGAAAACUGGCAACAAACCCAAAUUCUACCAGAAAAAAUGCUCCUAUCUUUGUGACGUAACGCUGAAAUCUGAAGAUGGGAAAGAGUUUCCAUGUCACAAAAGUGUCCUCUGUGCAAGAUUAGAGUACUUCAAUAGCAUGCUUGGAAACCCCUGGAUUGAGGCCACAUCCUGCACUGCACUGGAGAUGCCUACCAGCUCAGAGAUUCUACAGGCCAUUCUCGAGUAUAUUUACACUGAUGAGUCUCCCACCAUUAAAGAGUCUUUGAAUGUGGAGUUUGUCUGUAAUGUGUUGGUCGUGGCCGACCAGCUGCUCAUCAUACGACUGAAGGAGAUAUGCGAGGUCGUCAUCACAGAGAACUUGACUCUGAAGAAUUCUGCAGAGCUGCUGGAGUUUGCCACCAUGUACAACGCAGAGCAGCUUAAACUCUCCUGUCUCCAGUUCAUUGUCCUCAAUAUGGCCGCCCUGCUCGAGUCAAAAGCGCUGGAUAUUCUUAGUGAUGAAGUGCUUGUGGAGCUUUCUGCAGCCUACAGGAGGAUGAUCCCGGCCAUGCAGAAGAGAAUUAUCACUCCCUAUCCAGGUGCCCCAGACCUCAGUGUGUAUGAGGAUGAGGAUUUGGACUCGGCAUUUAGCCCAAAACCAGAAGCAGAACUGGAUCAAUCUUGCAGAGAAAUCCUGUUGAAGAAGGCCAAAAUGAAAGCUAAAAAGAAACCAAGGCGACGCUCUGACAGCUCAGGAGGCUACACUCUCUCUGAUAUCAUUCAAAGCCCGCCUGCUGCAGUGGUCUCCCCAUGCCUGGUGAAAUCAGGCAGGGCUAACUCAACGGAGUCCCUGCAGGAGCUGCUCACAUCCGACUCAGAGGGCAGCUACAUGGGGGUGGGCAGUCCCCGAGACAUGCAGUCACCUGUCUUCCAUGACAGAGCCGAGGAUGAGAGGGCUGUCAGUCAGAGGCUAAAGACCCCACCCAGCACCCCAACUUCCCUGAAGGACUGCCUUCCAACUCCCCCCAACUCUGCCCCACAAACCAUCCCCAAGGUCCUUCCAUGUCCUGCUCGUCCACCUCCAGUCUUGGAUCUGAGAACCAUCAUGGACAUGGAGGCCAACUCUCUGCAGACCCUCGGAGCAACUCCUAAAAGCCCUGGAAGUGUCAACACCAGCAUUAAGCACUCCCCUGUUCCUGCUAAACUGUCCCAAAAGCAGAGGAAGAUGUUGGCCAUGGCUAACAAGGAGGCCAGUGUGGAGUCCACUGCAUCCAAACCAACCCCCACAGUCACCCCGUCCAAAAGCAGUGGGAAGGCCUGGGCAACAGCAGUCCAGUCCCCACCCUCCUCAUGCUCAUUUCGAGCGCUGCUGGAGGAGGAGGAGAGCCGCCUGAUCAGAGUGGGACAAACAGGAGCCCAGAGGGUGCAAGGUGCCCAGGUGUCUCCUGUCACUGCAACCAGGAGGGUCACGUUCAAAUGUGCCGAAAGCAGCGAGCCAGAGCGACCCACUGGGCCCUGGGUGCUCGGAGCAGUGGGCAGCCCUCCCCUCCCCACCCUGGUGACCUUUGCCUCCAUCGUGGAGGAGGAGAAAGAGCAGGAAGCUGCUCUGAUUCGCAGUCGGGAGAAGCCGCUGGCGCUCAUCCAGAUUGAAGAGCGGGCGAUCCAGGACUUACUGUUCCAUUAUAAUGCAUGUAACAACCCCGAUGAGCUGAUAGUGGUGGAGAGGUCUUCCAGAGGUCCCAUGGCAGUCCCAACUUGGAACAAACACUAAUGUUUAACAGUACAGCCGCUACAUUACAUCAAAGUGAGAACAUCCCACGUAGUUGUCACUCCGUAUUGUUGGCAGCUUCCCUGAAGUCAUCAUCAAAUCCAUCAAUCCGUGUUGAGUUGUAUGUCCGACUCCAGCACAGUGUGGGGUGUGGUGGGUUUCAUGCAAAUUUAUGCUUGUCUCAGCAGUGUUACUUCAAGUUUUUUUUGUUUUCUUUUUGCUGCUCAACAUUUUUGUUUGUAUGAGUGAGAGAGACUGAGUGUUUUUCAUAACUGAAUGUGGUCCCGGAGCUAACUUUUGGGCUUGGGAUUUAAUGCAUGGGUUUAUUUCCUGUCUUUUGGUAGGAAUGAGUCUUCACUUAGCAAAACAAUGAUGCAGAAUCCUCGCAAAUAAAAAUGAAGUUGCCAAAGAAAUGUAAAGAAAUUGAGAUGUUCAAGCCACAAAAUGGGUCCAAACUGCAUCACCUGAAAUACUUUUUUAAUUAGUGAAAGUUCUAAAUGUGAUUAAGAAGGUAAGAGUGCCAAUUAUCAGCUUUGAAAAAGCAUCAUUUGUACUUUAGAGGUAAAGUGAGCUGGUUACCAAGGCAGUAUGUUUAGUUUAAUUUAAUGGUCCUUGUCUCUUCUUGAUGCAUCGUUUUGAAUGAUUGCUUCAGCUUACAUGGUUAUAUUUCUGGACUCAGUAAGUAUGUGUAUUUUAGAUAUGAAAUAUCUUUUUCGUAUUUAAAAUAUAUUUUUUGAUGCAGUUAAAGUGAAUGGUGAUUGUGUGGAACUGGCUUUCUAGCCUUUGAAGUUAUCACUAGUGUGUUUAGAGAAGGUGGUGUGCCUUUAUCAACAAUGUAUACAGAUACAGCAGCUAAAAUACCAUUUUUCUCUUUAUUAUUAAGCUGUUUUACUCUCUAGCGUUUCUCCUAGAAGCUUGGUAGGUACCUCAGAUCUGGACCAUGUAAUCUCAUCUUUUGUGUGUUUAAAACAUAAGGCUGUGAAGAGAAAAUGGCAUGUAAUAAAAUAUCUCACCUGUGCAAUGA